CAAUCCGGUAGGGCGCAAAGGACGCUAGCAUGCAUCGGUAGGCAGGUUGAUCAACUUGAUAUGCACUCGACUGCAGCCGUCAGCCGUAGCAGUGGUGGUCCCUUGGCAAACAUACCCAGAGUCCCAGACGGGCCCAUGAUAUCCCGAGCGUACGCUUCUGAUUCGUAGAUGAAGCCUCUCCAAAGACUGUGGUUUGCCUACGGGUCGAGGUGGAGGCGACCUCGACAGGCUAGCCCUGUGGCCAACAGCUCAUGGCAGACACGCUUAUCGGGCCAUCUGCUCUCCCCGGGCGCAAGAGUCCUAUCUUAUUUCGAUCCUCCGGAUCUUCCUUGAAGCCUAUGCUUGUGGCACGUCUCCACGCUUUAUCACAGUGCAGUCGACAUCGAUGGCGCUUUCGACGUUGGUCGUCGCAUCGCACGUUCAGUUUGGAAGCAUAGUUCAAAGAGCAGACACUCCGCAGGCUAUAUCGGUCCCGCCAUCAGGCGUCUGGCUCGGCAAUGAUGGAAACUGGUCAACGUUUGGGAUCCAGGUUGGAACUCCGGCACAGAACUUCAAUGUACUCCUAUCCACGAAUCGACAUGAGUUCUCCGUGCCAUACAAAAACGGCUGUCCCGAGAGCUUCGACCUCACUAACUGUGGAUAUCAAAGGGGGGUGUAUACUGAGAAUGCUGACCAGAACGGCUUCGAUCCGAACUCGUCCACUUCCUGGCAGGAUGUAGGCACCUAUCAAAGCUUACAACGUCAGGGACCCUAUAGCGUAAAGGCGGAAUACGGACUCGAUACCGUAGCGAUUGGGAACACUUCCAUCAAUGGUCAAACCCAACUUGUUUCAACCUACUCGGACUCAAACCUGUGGUUGGGGGUUCUAGGGCUCGAUCCAAGACCUCUAGCCCUUGGCGGCAGCGACCGUGUCGCUCCACUGCAAGCCUGGAAGGACGCUGGCAAGAUCCCAAGCCUAUCGUAUGGCUAUACUGCCGGAGCUUACUAUCAGUAUGGAGGUACGCCUGGAAGCUUGACGCUUGGUGGUUUUGAUCGAAACUUGAUGUCUUCACAACAAGUGGUGGCUCCAAUCGAUAGGGAUGCUGCUGGCGCCGACGGUGCCGGAGGUGCGCUUCGAUUGAGUGUCACGUCCAUAAAAACCAAAAGCGGGCCUAACGGCGACCGAGUGGUAUCGGAUACAACCAUUACAAUGCCUAUUGACUCGACUGUUCCGGAACUUUGGCUACCAAGGAGCGUAUGUGAUCAAUUUCAAACGGCUUUCAACCUGAAUUAUUCGGAUAGUGCGGACCGGUACUACUUUGGAAGCUUCGCCCUCGCCCGGGAGAUUGCAUCGAAGAACCCUGCCGUGGAAUUCGUCAUCGCUGAUGGUUUCGAAUCAAGUGAGAGCAUCACGAUCAGUGUACCUUUCUCAGCCUUUAACCUCAACGUUUCCUUUCCAGUCUUUGAGAGUGCAGUUCCCUGGUUCCCGAUUCGACGAGCCGCGAACGAAACCCAGUAUACGCUUGGUAGGGUCUUCAUGCAAGCUGCGUAUGUGUUUGCAGAUUAUGAGCGUGGCAAUUUUACGGUUACUCAAACGGCAUACUCUUCGCCGAUGCCGUCCCCGGACAUCGUGACGGUAUAUGCCAUUCAGGACUCAGGACCUGGUAGUGGAGGCAACGGUAAUCAAGAUGAAGCCCCUCCGACUGGUGGCGGAGGUCUUUCUACGGGAGCCAAAGCUGGGAUCGCGGUCGGUGUCGUUCUUGCAGUAGUACUUGGUGGCGUUGGAACAUUCCUUUGGCUCAAGCACCGCAGAAAGACAGAUUACGACAAAGAGGUAACGAUUAGUGGAACGCCGGAUGGUGAGAAAAAUGAUACGCAGACGGCGUGGCAAGCCAAUGUCGUAGGACUGCCCGUACAUGAAUUGGAAGCGAGUGAACGCGGUGCGAGGAAAUAUACCCCGGACCCUGCAUCUCCUCUCACGCCACCCUCAGAAUUGGGAACGCAUUCGAACUGGCGACAUACUCCCGAGCUCGACGCACAAGAAGCGCAGAGAGUGGGAAGCCCAGGCGGUUCUACAGGAGAGAAGGGAAGUCGCUUGCAGGAGUAUCGCUGAGAUUGAAGUGUGUACUUGUCAAAAGAAUGACUUGAAGCAUAUUCCCUUCCAAAAUUGAUGUUCUUAUGGCUCGAUCAGGCCUAGAUGUUGACACCUAGACGUUUUCCAGACACAUGACCUGGUCAAACCAAUGCAGGUAAGUCCUGUUGACGUGGUUCAUUCGAGCACGUACACGAUCUAGCUACCCGAAGCUCGACGAUAUCGUUUGUCAUUUGAUAUGUCUGCCCAACAUCAGCGUGUGGUGCGGUUGGGGGAGUGCACACAUACAGGCUAUACGACACGCGUUCUGAUGCCACCACGUUGAGCAAAGAGAUAUAUAGAGAUGGUGUCGAAAUGCAUCUGGAGCAAACUGUAGCAUGAAGGUGUUCGAAGAUUCUUUCAUCCCAUGAAGCGAGGUCUCUGCGCCGGUGCCGGCAUCGGAUGAUCGGAUGAGCACGCUAACGAUCCGAUGC